AUGCCUGGUGUAUUCAAAACGAUUAAUAAUGAAUUGCAACAAGUUUCAGACCAUCAAUUUAAUUAUAUUGGUGUCGUCAGUGAAUAUAUUAAUAAACUUGCUGACGCAUUUAAAGUGUUUGCCGACGGGCACUAUGAUAAAUCGUUUGAAAUACUCACAAGCAUUGCUGUUCAAUACGAAACAUGUGACACAAAUAAUACUUCGACACUAGCCAGACUGAAUAUUCUUCGUAACGAAUGCCAAUUUCGACUUGAAAAGCUUAAAAAUGGAUGCAGCGACGAAAAAGCACUGGUAAAACUGGAUGAAGAUGUUGAUGUUGAGCCGCUACAUGAUUCUUCUAUGAGCAAUGCUAAGACGGCAGCUGCUAUAUGUAAAAAAGAAUGGAAUGCUAAAGCAUCGCGAAGUGCUCGAAAAACCAUCAAUCCUAUUCGCCGAAUUGUUGAUCGAUGUAAAUUGCUGCCAAAUCCAGGCAAGGCGUUGAUCACAUUGUCCAUUGGUGAUCCCACCUGCUACGGCAACAUGCUUCCACCGAUUGAGGCAACUGAAGCGGUUAAUGAAGCCUUCGCAAAACCGACGUCUCAUGGGUACUUGCCAUCUUGCGGGAUGGAAGAGGCAAGAGAAGCUAUUGCGAAAUUAUGGUCACGAAAUGGGCAUGUUCUUGACACAAAAGAUAUUAUCCUUACAAGUGGUUGCUCGCAUGCGCUCGAAAUGUGUAUCAAUGGUGUGGCCGACCCUGGUGACAAUAUUCUUAUACCGCAGCCCGGAUUUUCGGUAUACAUUACAUUGUGUGAGUCGCUCCAUAUAGAACCACGAUAUUACAAAUUAAAACCUGAACAAAAUUGGGAACUCGACUUGGAUGAUUUAGAAACUGCCAUCAACAGUAAAACGAAAGCUGUUCUUGUUAACAACCCAUCGAAUCCAUGUGGAGCUGUGUACAGUGCAGAACAUCUAAAACAAAUCAUUGAUAUCUGCGAAAAGCAUCGUCUAAUUAUCAUUGCUGACGAGAUAUAUGCAGAUAUGGUGUUUCCUGGUAACGAAUUUCACUUCAUGGGUGUUUUGUCGCAGAAGGUCCCAAUUCUUUCAUGUGGUGGGUUAGCUAAACGCUACAUUUGCCCUGGUUGGCGGAUCGGCUGGAUUGCUAUGUAUGAUCGUAUGAAUAUAUUGAAAGAAUCAAUUCAACCAGGUUUGCUGGAUUUAUCCAGUCGUAUUCUCGGCCCGAAUUCCGUGAUGCAAGCAGCUUUACCUAAAAUUGUGGCGAAUACGCCUCAAAAAUACUUUGAUAAUAUCAUCAGUCAGAUCCAAAAUAACGCUGAAAUUUCUUAUAAAGUUUUAUCAACAGCACCAGGUCUGAAACCAAUUAUGCCUCAAGGUGCAAUGUAUAUGCUGGUUGGACUUGAUCCUACUGCCUACGACGAUGUGGAAAAUGACACAGUAUUUUUUACAAAGCUGUUCAAUGAACAGUCGGUCUCUUGUUUACCAGCAUCGGUAUUUGGUAUGCCUAACUAUUUCCGUUUGGUUCUGACGACGCCAUACGAUAAAACGCAAGAAGCGUGCGAGCGCAUCGUCGAAUUCUGCCAUGAACACAAGCAAAUUACGAAUCCAGAUCAAUUGCGUGCAUCCAAAGACAUUACACGAUGGGAAGUGCGAGCUGAAGGUCUCGCACAAUCAGAAGAGUCAAUUCUACCAUUUUAUACAAAUUCGAAAAGAUAUUAA